AUGGACGACAAAGCUUACCUCCGACCUGGGACUUCGGAGGGUUUUGAGAAAGCACGAAAUCUAAGGAUCUUGACACUUACAGAUGAAGAAAAAGCGAGAAAGUUGCCAAAGUAUGAUUGGCAGGAAAAGAUGGUCUAUGUGACUCCCGGAUCACAUCGUAUUUUCACUAAGUCUAGCGUCAUGGCCGACAAUGAUGAGAAGCUUGUAACUGAGGAUGAUCGGCACCACGUGAUCGUUCGGCCGAGGGCAAUAGUUGGAUCUUCAGGGAGUGUCUGGGCAAGCAAAACAAUUCGCUUGCGACACGAGGAUCCAGCAGCUUUUGAAGUUGAAAAGACAGAAACAAACGCUGAACAUUCUCUUGGAUUUCGCAAAUGCUGCGCUAGAUUGCACGAUGACCUAUUUUUGUACUAUGACAUGACAGAGUCGGACGACUUAAACAAAAUUACCGAAGAGCAUAACUGUAAAUUUUACGCCUAUGAAAAGCAAAGAGCAGGUCAUCUAAAACUAAGGCUGGAAAAAAUGCUGCAGUUGUCAGAGACAACAGAAAUGUCUGACCACAAUAAGUCCCUGCUUGCCUGUCGUGUGAUUCCGACCAUCAAAGACAUUUUAAAUGCCAUUGACGAGGUAGCAAACAGUGAUGCUCCAGUUGACACCGCAGAAUCUAGAGUUCAAUCUGUUUUGAAAGUGAGCCGUCCUUGAAAACAGGGUCUCGAAAUAGUUAGUGAUCUCUGCUUGCCACCCGUGAAGCCAAGAUGGGCAGAUUUGACGGAUGCCGGACCUGGGUUGGUGUUUCUAACUAUGAAGUUCGCUUUCGCGACGCUGAGUUGGCGCGAAUCCACAACUCGGAGUAUCGAGUACGAUGCCAUCGCUCGAGAGGUGACAGCGGGGCAAAGCGAGGCCGAGCGCACAAACUCGGCCAUUUCAGGCGCUCUUGUUGACGGUGCAACGCUGGAAUGGAAGAAGUACCGUCGAUUCGAAGAUCUCUCUGAAGACGAAAUCAAAGCCAUGUCUCUCCAUUCCUACGAACAGUACGAAAAAGAGCGUAUGGAAAAAAAAUGCUUGGCACGUUUGCAAGCAGGUCGCCGAAAGGAUAGACGACGCCCCUGUCCUGAAGGAUUACAUCACUAG